AGUACUAUAGCUCCCCGAAACCUACAUAGCUCGUUUGGAUUGCAAAAAUCGUGCCAAUAUGCCCAUUUGACACUAUGACCAAUCCAAACGGACCAUGUAGACUUCAUCAAUCAGGACUACAUCACCGAUCAACCAAAGAAUAUAUUAAUCCCACAUUACAUGUGCUAUAUACUAUACUAGGAUAUAGCAGUCCUGUCAGUAGACAAAUCUUAGCUAGUUGUUCUUCUAUAUAGCUUGGGAAGUGGUCAUUUGAUAUAGCAAGUACCAACAACCAUGUCCAACACAAUCACAAGUUCAGAUCUAUCUUUCCACACCAAUUUCAUUCACAGGCUUCCAAGGAAGUCUAAUCUUCUAAUUUUCAGUUCAUGUUACCCCUCCAUGAUCAAGCACCCCUACCAUGUAUUGCCGAAUCAAGAAUCAAAGUCAAAUCCAUUCAACAUCACAUACAAGUUUAAUGGUAGUAAACACAAAGUAACUAUGGCAAAGGGUCCCUCCGACGAUAUUCAACCGGAAUCUCCAGUUCCAGCAAAACCUCCUCCUGCAGCAUGGAAAAAGUGGAUGGUGGGAAUAAUGUUAUCUAUAAUUUUACCAACAUACAGGCACAAAGGGGGGCCAUUAUUGAUACUUAAAAGUAGAGUGGACAGAGCAGUAGAAACAGUGGAAAGUUUGACAGAGAUUGUGGAAGAUGUAGCUGAGGGAGUAGAGAAGGUAGCUGAUGAGAUUGGAGACAAGCUUCCUGAGGAUACAAAGCUCAGGGAAGCUGUUGAUUCAAUUGAAAAACUAGCCAGAGAAGCAGUCAAGGAGGCUGACCUAGCCCAAGACCUCAUUAAUAAGGUACAGGAUGCAGAGAAAGUGUUGGAAGGGGCACUCAUGGAGCCUAAAAAGGACCAAGCCAAAAACAGAUCAGCCCAGGAACAAGCCCCAAAUGCCUAGAUGUACCUGGUUGAUAUUCACAUCUAAUUUGCAGAAGACAAUUGUUGCAAUGAAUGAGUUUUUGAAAUAAUUACCUGAACUUGAGGAGAAUACAGCAUAUUGUUUGCCAAA